AGAGGUAGAAGGGGAGGGGAGACGGAGACGGAGAGAGAGCACCAUCGAUGGGUGAUCUCUCGGAUGCCGUGGAAUGGUGGGAUGCAUCGCAGCUGCGCUUCCUCGUCCUGGCCAGCCUUGGCAUCCAGUACUUCCUCACGUUCUUUGCCGCCGGGCGUAAGUUCUCUGUUCCAUCUUGGUUUAGGUUCGCCAUCUGGCUGUCCUAUCUCGGCAGCGAUGCUCUCGCGAUAUAUGCCCUCGCCACGCUCUUUAAUCGCCGAGAUAAGGUGGCCUCCUCGAAUGGCAGUCGUGACUUGGAGGUUUUAUGGACGCCUUUCCUGCUGAUGCACCUCGGUGGCCAGAUAUUCAUAUCUGCCUAUAACAUUGAGGACAACGAGCUGUGGACGAGGCAUAUUGUCACCGCGCUGUCUCAGGCAAGUUUUUGGCCCAGUUUCAGGCCUUCAGCAAUUAUCUGCAUACAAUACAAAUAAAUGUAUAUACACGUACACUACAUAUUGCGUGCGUGCAAUGUAAGCCUCUC